AUGAGCUCUAGACGCCAAACCACCCUGUCCGGUACCAGGGCCCGCUCAUCCCACGCUCUUCAGCUCUUGCUGCUGACAUCUCUACUCCUGGCUGCGCUGGUUCCCUCUACCAUUGGACAACGUAAGAGACUCUUAGGGAAACGGAAACAUCUCAGUUUACAAGCAAGAGGAAAACCCGUGCUCACUGAUUGGGGCUCAAGUUGGGAACGGUAUUAUGAACUGCGCUGCUCGUGUAUAAAGACGAAGACUGAAAUCGAUCCCAGACUUGUUGUCGCUUUGACGGCGACCGCACCAGGACCCCAGUGUCCCAACCUCGAAGUGAUAGCCACACUGAAGGAUGGGAGGAGAAUCUGCCUGGACCCCGAAGCAGCUUUAACCAAGAAACUGAUCCAGCACUGGCGCAAAACCGAUAAAAGGAUAAAGGUUGCAGGGAGGGUCCAGGAGUCACUGCUCUGUGCUGGAAGCCUCCAACCCCAUUUCUUCUCUGCCUUUGAUCUGAUCUGUUGGAACCUUCAGGAUAUGAGCCUUCCAGCUUCUCGUGGCCCCCAGCUCAGGAUGCUGCUCCUGGGGCUGCUGCUUCUACCAGCUGUGGUUGCCUUUGCCACUGCUGGCCCUGAAGAGGAAGAUGGGGAGCUACUCUGCAUGUGUGUGAAGACCACCUCCCGGGUUCAUCCUAAACAUAUCAUCAGCCUGGAAGUUAUCAAGGCUGGACGCCACUGCUCUACUCCCCAGCUCAUAGCCACACUGAAGAAUGGGAGGAAAAUUUGCCUGGACCGACAGGCCUUCUUGUAUAAGAGAAUAAUAAAGAAACUCCUGGAGAGUUAGCUAAUAGCUGCCUAAAUCCAGUUUGUUACAUAGGAUAUGUGAGUUUGUCUACUUUUGAUAUAACUACAAAAGAAUCUCCUAUGUUUACAUUGCUUUUCAAAUCUUAAAUAAAUAAAUGCAAUGAAUCAAGGUGUCA